CGAUAUAGAUAACAAAUCAUCCUUGUUACUGAAAAGAGCUUAGUUUUCUAUUUUUAUCCUUUUUUUUUGGCUUUCUUCUUCUUCUUCUUCUUUUUAUAUACAUAUAUUUUUUUCAUUUAUAUACACAUAUACACGUUUAAUAUAAUGCAGAGUAAUGUUAUUUCGGAACAGGCAGAAUCAUGUUCUGAACAAGGAAAUGAAUACCCAUUUUGUUAUCCAACUUUUACAGAUGUUUGGAGAAAUGGUUCGACUUAUGAUUUUAUAUGGAAUUUCAACUAUCCUUAUUAUGUUCAACAUGAAUAUCUUAAUCUUUACUUGUAUUAUUAUAUCAAGUUUGAAUACAAAAAUGUAAAAAACUUUACAAGGUUAGAUCAAAGUUUAGGAAGUGUUAAGGUUACUGUAGAUGAUUCAUGGUUCCUUUCUCCACUUGAACCUGGUUCUUUAGAUCUUAACUUGACUCUAUAUGGGUUUUAUUUACCUUCUACUGAAAAUGUAACAGAAGAAUUAUCAAAUCCAAUUAGCAUGUAUCCUCGACCUUUUAAUUUUACUAUCACUCGUAAAUAUUUUAAUAUAACAUGCAAAGAUGGCAUCUCCUUCCGAUGAUAAUCAUAAUACCAGCAAAAUAGACACGACGAAUAAUAACUCGAGUCAUGAUAGCAACGACUCAAAUCAUAUGUCAUCAUUACCAGGAUGGGCUAUUGCAGUUAUUGUGAUAGCUGUUGUAGCCUUGAUCUGUGGUAUUAUCGCCCUUAUCUGGAUCACCUUAAUCUCUCGACGAGAUAAAAAGGAUAACAAACGAAGAAGAAAUAAUAAAUUAAUUCCUAUCAUAGGCCGUCAUGAAGAGAAUGAGAAAUCAUCUGUUAUAGAAAAGCCAGCGACAGCCUCUAUUCAUUCACGAAUUAAAAUGUCGGCAUUUUUCCGUUCAACCGACAGUGUCCCUGGUAUGGAAAAUGCGUCUAGUGUAGGUACGUUCACUUCGUCUACUAUAAAGCAAGCCUUUCAUUAUCAACAACAACA